CAUUCAACAAAGACUAUUAUCCCAGGAGGUCAACCUUUUCUCUUAACCUUCCAUUUGGUGUUAUAGACAUGUAAGAGACAGUUUAUUCAAUUCUAAUUUGCUUGUUUUAUCUGGCGAAGGACAUUGCUUUUUGGACUGGGGGAUGACACAGACUGGUGAUGGAUUCUGCCAGGAGGCCCUGUUUCAUAACCGUGUGUUUGUGGGUACUGGCAACCACCUGUCUUCCAUAUUCCGGCUCCCAGAGCCCCAGCCUGUGGGGUAAGAAGGCAGUGUUCUUGGGCCGUCCAUGUAUGUGGCAGCUGGGUAAGGAGUGUGUAAUGCCCCUCCUGGAAGAGCUCAGUGUGUGUGUGCACCUGUGCCGGAAGAUUGCAACGCCUGAGUGGACCGGCUUUGUGUACAAGGCGCCUGGCAACAGGCAGGUAGAGCUGGGGCUUGCAGGCCGGGGAGGGCUCCUGGUGGCAUGGCUGUUUGGGCAGGAGUGGUCGGUACCAGAAGACCUGCCCCUGGAACACUGGCAAAACAUCUGCCUCACCUGGUCCAGCAACUCCAAGAGGCUCAGACUCUACAUCAAUGGGAGCAGUCGCCUGGACGCCCACGUUAACGCCAGCCUGUCCCGGCAACUGGCCCACAAUGGCACCCUGACCCUGGGGGUGUCCCAUAACAUAGUAGAUGGGGUGAUGGAGUUUGAGGAUGGGAAGAACUUCCUGGGGGACAUAAGCCUGUUCAGGAUGUGGGGGCGGGAGCAGACGGCUGAGGAGGUGAGGGCCCAUAGCUGUGCCGAUGGGAACGUGGUGAGCUGGGACACCCGUGACUGGGACUACCAGAGCUGCCUACCUGAAGAUGACACUAGCCUCCAGUGUGCAUGGUCAAUGUUCAAAAUUAAAAUGAAGGCCGUCAUAGCACAACGGCACCCUCUUGACAAGCCUGUCAAUUCCCCAGAGGACAUCAUACGCAAAUGGCUGGGGACCAUAUUUCCUGGGAACAUUUCUGUGCGUGACAUCUUUGUGUCAUCUCCAAGCCAGAUCUGUCAAGUGGGCUAUAAUCCUAGUGUGCGAAACACAGAGAAAGCUCAGGACAGGCAGGAAACUGGCAGACAGGCUUUCAUCGUAAACCCUUUUGUCAGGUCGCAGACGAGGGGAAAGGAAUCAAGAAAAAUGGAGUUCAACUCAACUUCUAACAAGUGUGUCAGCUGUUUGGUCUAUGUGAGUGUUAGUCCUGAGACUGAUGUUGGAGCGGCCCAGAAUGAUAUCUUUGGAAAGCUGAGUCUAGCCUUCACCUCUGGCCAAGUCACCCUUAUUGCAGACCCCAGCAGCCUCAGUGUACGCCCCAUAGGGGCUUUCCCCAACGCAACAGCUUCUCCUCCCACUGACACCAACACCACUGCUGGCUCACCAACCAGCACCAUUGCUGGCUUACCAACCAGAACCACUGCUGGCUCACCAACCAGCACCACUGCUGGCUCACCAUCCAGCACCACUGCUGGCUCACCAACCAGCACCACUGCUGGCUCACCAACCAGCACCACUGCUGGCUCACCAACCAGCACCACUGCUGGCUCACCAACCAGAACCACUGCUGGCUCACCAACCAGCACCACUGCUGGCUUACCAACCAGAACCACUGCUGGCUCACCAACCAGCACCACUGCUGGCUCACCAACCAGCACCACUGCUGGCUCACCAACCAGAACUACUACUGGCUCACCAACCAGAACUACUACUGGCUCAACAACCAGAACUACUACCUGCUCACCAACCAGCACUACUGCAUCAGACCCUGGCUCUCCUUCAGAGACACACCAACCAUCCAUUGGAGUGCCUGCAAAUCCCACUGGCCUGUCUACAACCAGAGAAUCUUUAGACUUCAACUCAACAAAACCUGGCAUUGCAUCCACCUUCUACAGAGUUAAUAUGAAACUGAAUAUGACAACGACUGUAACUGGCAACGACCCAGGGGAGACCAUUCAGAAGUGGGUUCAGAGAAACCUUGGGAAAGUCAAGAUGAACGUAUUAAACAUCAAUAUUUUAAACUCGACUUAUAAAGUCAAUGAUCAUAAAAAGAUUCAAGAACUGGAGAUGACUGCUGAGCUGAGACAUGAGACAAGGUUUAGAUGUACCUUCCAGGUUGAGGAUGCUGAUGCACGUAAUGUCACGACCACUCAAACACUCAUCACUGACCUUCUGUCUGGAAACCAUGUUGAUGAAGAGAUCCAGGUUGACCGCAGAGAUGUCCACGUUUCACAUAUAGAUCCUGGGAGCUGUCCUAAGGACACCCAUGAGAGUUUCUGGGGCGUGUAUAAAUGGCCAAUCACAGAGGUCCAGGUGACAAUAACUAUGAUCUGUGAGAAGAACCUUGGAUCAAGGGCUUCCAGGAAAUGUGAGUUAGAUGGAGUGACUGAGAAAGCCCAAUGGGCUAAGCCAAACCUGAAGGCAUGCAAGCCGGUAAUCACCAUCUCUGAUCUGGAUAAAGUCACCGUCACAGCAAACAACUCAGCAGAUGUGAUGGACAUGAUUAAGAACCUCCUGGGUGACGAGGGGGACCUGAGUGACUCCCAGCUGGCCACCGUGGUCCAGAAGCUGGAUGAGGUUCUGUGGGUCAGCACGGUGACCCCUCAGCUCGGCAGAGAUAUUGUCAACAUCGUCGCUGACAUCCUGGUGUCCAAUUCUGACCUGUCAGCGGUCGCCAACGAAAUUCUGGGUAUCACAGACAGCAUUGGGGACCAGAUGGAUUUCCACGAGGAGUCACUAAAUGUGACCGUCCCUUCCCUGGCCCUCUCCAUGAUCAACGUAGAUCCAGAGCAGUUCCAGGGCCUCACGUUUGGUGUCUCCUCGUUUUCGACUGGCCUUGUUCCAGAGACCUAUGUCAACCAGACGUUCUUGAGUCGGCCUUGUGAUGGCACAGUCGCAUCCAUCUCCCUUCCGCAGUCCCUUCACAACUUCUUCCCCCAGGGAAACAAAAAAAAGAGAGUUCAGUUCCACUUCUAUGGCAUACAAGAGCUUUUCAAGGACCCAGCAACCAACUGGACGCUGAAUAGUUAUGUGGUGUCUGCCAGUGUCAACAACAGCAAUGUCAGCAACCUCAGGGAUCCCGUGGUGGUGACACUUCGUCACCUCAAGCCUAAAGAGAAAAACGACAAGGUGGAGUGUGUGUACUGGGACUUCCAGAAGAACAAUGGGAGCGGUGGAUGGGACAGCAACGGCUGUGAGACACUUCUAAGUAUCUCCGCUUAUCAGACCACCUGCCAAUGCUACCACCUGACCCAUUUCGGCGUGCUCCUGGAUGUGUCCAGGACUCCUAUCGGUGAGGCUGACCAGGAGAUCCUGACGGUCAUCUCUUACCUGGGCUGUGGUGUGUCCUCCAUCUUCCUGGGCAUCAGCCUGCUCACCUACGUGGUCUUUGAGAAGCUACGUAGCGACUACCCAUCUAAGAUCCUCAUCAACCUUUCUGUGGCUCUGCUGGGCCUGAACCUAGUCUUCCUGCUGGACUCCUGGCUGUCCUCCUUCGGCAGCUACGGUCUCUGCAUCAGCACGGCAGUCACGCUGCACUACUUCCUGUUAGCCUCAUUCACCUGGAUGGGCCUGGAGGCCAUCCACAUGUACUUCGCUCUGGUCAAGGUCUUCAACGUCUAUGUCCCCCUCUACAUCCACAAGUUCUGUGCCCUCGGCUGGGGCAUUCCUCUGGUGAUUGUCAGCAUGGUCCUAGCCGUAGAGAAGGAUGCCUAUGGCAAUGUUCUAUCUGAGGCCUCCCUUGACUCUCUACAGGGCUCUGAGCCAUUCUGUUGGAUGCAGAGUAAUGUUUUCUUCUACGUCACGGUCGUGUCGUUCGUGCUGCUGGUCCUGCUUUUUAAUGUGGUCGUGUUCAUUGUGGUUCUGGUCCAAAUCCGCCACAUGCAGACCAAUAAGCCUGCAGCAACAGGAAACAAGCGCUGUGCCAUGCAUGAUUUGAGAGCAGUGGCCAGUCUCACCUUCCUAUUGGGUCUCACCUGGCCAAUAGCCUUCUUUACCUGGGGACCAGCCAGGGUCCCUAUGCUCUACCUCUUCUCAGUCCUCAACAGUCUGCAAGGGUUCUUUAUCUUUGUCUUCCACUGCCUGAUGAAAGAGAAUGUGAGGAAGCAGUGGAGGAUCCAUCUGUGCUGUGGCCGAUUCAGGCUCAAUGACUACUCAGAUUGGAGCCACUCCAUGACGAUGGGCAGCAAGACCAAGCAGAACCAGCUGGUGCACCGCUCUCCAUCUGUCAAGUCUGUCAACACCUCCUCUAGGAAGAUCUCUGAUGACUCCACUACAGCUAGCUGUAGCUCUGGCACACCCUACCAACAGGGGGCCUAGUCUACUGUAGCUCCACCACAGGGCCUAGUCUAGCUCCACCAGGGAGCCUAGCUCCACCAGGGGGCCUAGCCUAGCUCCACCAGGGAGCCUAGCUCCACCAUGGGGCCUAGCCUAGCUCCACCAGGGGGCCUAGCCUAGCUCCACUAGGGGGCCUAGCCUUGCUCCACCAGGGAGCCUAGCUCUACCAGGGGGCCUAGCCUAGCUCCACCAGGGGGCCUAGCCUAGCUCCACCAGGGGGUCUAGCCUUGCUCCACCAGGGGGCCGAGCCUAGCUCCACCAGGGGGCCUAGCAUGGCUCACAGGACAGGGACACUGAACUUUACACAACAUGUGCUAUAACAUCCUUCAUCUGAAACAAUGGGAAAAGCUUGAGCUCAGGACAUCAUAGCAGACACCUCAGUUCAGUCCAUUCUGAAUUGCACUGUCGUAUGUCUCUCUGCAGUGCAGUCUCAACUUCCUCAGGAGAUAAACAUAAUCUAGGUUUAAGUGUUAGCCUGUUCUGUGCAUUAAAGGACACAAACUCUAUGAAUGAUGUGUAUUGUAAGUGGACUAUUGUUGUAGUAAAUUAUCAAUAUGUUGGUACCUUGUGCAUUCUAUCUGGUAAAUUGCAUUUCUCUUCUCCAUAAUGUGUUUCUGUUUAUCUUUUCAUGAUGUUAAAUUAAAAACUUUUGCAAAUAAAGAAGAGGAAUGAAAACCUUGCAGUGUAAAGAGUCAA